GAGAGAGAACGUGGGUGUUGGGGCCUGUGCGGAGACAAAAGAGAGGUAAGUGGGGCCCACUCACCGUCCAUGCGCACGCUGUCUUAGCGAAGGCAAACUCAUCAUCGAUCGGACCCCUUGACCUAAUUCCAACCCACCCCAAACCCCAAAAGCAAACAAAGAAGACCCAAAAUCCAAAAUCCACCCCUUCUCAUUUCCUUCGUUCAUCUCUCCUCCACAACAGCAGCCCCACAGAAAACACAGAGAUAAGGGCCCAAAUACCCUGUGAGAGAGAAUAUGGCAGUUACCACUACAAAAUUAGUGGGUGAUGUGAAAAAACCCCUCCUUUUAGAUUUCCUAGCCGGGGCAGUAUUGAUUGAUUGAUUGAACCCGAAUCAAAAGAGGGAGUAUAGAGGGACUUUUCUAUUUCUGCCUCUCUCUCUCUCUCCUACUGUUUCAAUUCCUAGGUUUCAAUCUAAUUGGAUUUUGUAUGUGAGGUGGGUGUUUGAAGAAGGGAUAGAAAAUAAUAGAAAAAGGAAAGACAGAGAAGAUGGAUCCAAUAACAGCAUCAGCACAUGGCCAUCCUCUCCCACCUCCUUUCCACACCAGAGAUCUUCACCACCACCACCACCACAACCCCUUCCAACAGCAUCAGCACCAGCACCACCAGCAACAGCAACAACAGAAUUCCGAAGAUGAGCUGAGCGGCAGCAGCGGCAGAGGCAAGAAGCGCGACCACGAUGGUAACAAUGGCAGCAGCAACAACGAUGACGACAGCAGGGAUAUGCACGGCUCUGGCUCUGCAGGCGGCGGAGAAGGAGAGAACACAAGGAGACCCCGCGGGCGGCCCGCUGGAUCCAAGAACAAGCCCAAGCCGCCAAUCAUCAUCACCCGUGACAGCGCCAACGCCCUCCGGGCCCAUGUGAUGGAGGUCGCCAAUGGAUGCGACAUCGGCGAGUCUGUCGCCACCUUCGCCAGGCGACGGCAGCGGGGUGUCUGCAUUAUGAGUGGCAGCGGCACGGUCACAAAUGUCACCCUCCGGCAACCAGCGGCGCCAGGUGCAAUUGUAACCUUACAUGGACGGUUUGAGAUACUAUCCCUCUCUGGGUCAUUCUUGCCGCCGCCAGCCCCACCAGCAGCAACUGGCCUAACAAUAUACUUAGCAGGAGGACAAGGUCAGGUGGUUGGUGGGAGCGUUGUUGGUGCGCUCAUCGCAUCAGGUCCAGUGGUGAUAAUGGCCGCAUCAUUCGGCAACGCUGCUUAUGAGAGGCUCCCCCUCGAGGAGGAGGAGCCUCUACCACUCCAGGGAAGUGGGCCUCUCGACUCCCCUGGAAUGGUUGGCCAGCAGCAGCAGCAGCAACAACAGCAGCAGCAACAGCUUUUGGCAGACUCUGGCAAUCCUCUCUUUCACGGCCUACCACCUAACCUUCUCAACUCUUGCCAAUUACCCGCCGAGGCGGCUUAUUGGGCUAGUGGUGGUCGUCCUCCUUUCUAACGGAACGAGACAAACCCACAUAUUUCAACCUUCCUGGCCAAGAAAGCCUUUCAGGAAUUUGAGCUGAGAAGAAUUCCAGGCCGUUGGAUAUUUGGGUCUUCUUUGCUUUGGUUACUCGUUCUUGAUCAAAUGAUCCGGUCCGUCAGCCUGUUGAUUGAAGAAGCAUGUACAAAUUCAUGGGUUCUUCGUGAGUUUGAUUUCCUUAUAUGGCUUGCCUUGAGUUAUCAAAAUGAAGAAGAAGAAGAAGAAUGAAACAAUGGUUUUUUUCCCCCCUUUUUUUCUCUCCAUCACACUUUUUCUUCAUUUUCUUCAGCUCUCUUAAUUUGUGAAGUUCUUUCUCACUGCUAUCCUGCUAAAUUAGAUGGUUCUGAUAUUUUUCUCUUUGUGCUUCUAUUUAAUCUACAGACAACUUUCAGCUUC